AUGAGGGGGAUCCCUGCCGAGUACUCGUCGAACUGCUACGAGCACUCCCACAAGACCACUGUGAAGCGUCCUUCACGUGGCACGAACUGGAAGAAUGUUGAAGAUCGAAUCGUCCGGAAACACCUGGAGCAUGCGGUAGUUAGGCAACUCGCGCGGGAGGCCGGAGGGGACGGCACGUACGAGACCUCGAUGAAAGAGGCAUGCCUGGCUGGCCGGAGGGUGCUUACUAAGACCCACAAGAAGAUGGUCCUGGGGGACAUCACCGACUCAGUGUUUCGGAGCUACGUCUUGACUGUUGGUGAACCCGCCAUGAGUGCGAUGGUUCUGCGACUCAGACGGGCAGGCAUCAACACGCAAGUUUUGCAG